GGGGGGAAUCCCGAUUUGGGAGCCUGGGGAUGUGUCUCCCGAGACUUGGGAGUGGAUCCCGCGGGAAGAUCCCGCACAGGGUAGCCAAUGGAUCCCGCACCACCAGGCUGAAGACUUGGGAGUCGAUCCUAGGAGUGGAUCGGGCACUGGCGGCCUGAGGUCCCACUCGAUCUCCAGCCUGGGGGUGGCGGGGGUCGGUGAUUGGAGACUGGGAGCUAGUUGAUCCCCACCUCCCACCUCCCUGUCCCCCCACGCUUGUCCGAGCCUUGGCAGUGGAUUCCGAGAGGAAAUCUGGUGGCCGGGAGCUGGGGGAUCGCCGGAGAUCGGGUACCCAGCCUGGAGCCGCUAGGAUCUGGACGUCCGUGCGGGUUGGAGGCCCGGAGGGACCCUUGUGAUGACACAGGAACCAUCCAGAUAAUCCAGGGUAACCUUCCCCAUCUCAAGAGCCUUCAUUUGGCCGCACCUGCAAAGUCCCUCCUGCUGUGGUUGCUUCCCUAGUUCGGAUGUUCUUAAUCCCCAUGGAUCCACAGCUGUAGCCAUGGCGACUCGGGUCGAGGUCGGUUCCAUAACUUCCCUGACAGGAGUGCCAGGCCUCGGCGAGAUCUCCAAGGAGGAGACCCUGAAGCGGACCUACUUCUGCCAGGCCGGCGAUGCCCCCGGGGCGCCCUCAGCGCUGCUCUUGGAAGGAAAAAGCCCCCUUAGGAGCCCGGCCCGCUUACUGCCCAGACUUGCCCCCAAGCCCUUCUGCAGGGAAAAGGCCCCGGACGUGAAACCCCUUGUCCCAUCCUUGGGGCCUGGCCCAACUAGCCUGUCUCCUCCCUGUGGGCGCUCCCAGGACGUGGUGGCAAAGGACCUGAGCGAGAAGAUGCCCAGCUUGGUGGGGCAGGAGGUGGGGCACGGGGAGGGCCUGAGGAGAAGCUCAUCUCUGUUCAACAAGGCCGCCUUCCCACGGCCCCGAUCCAGCGCCAUGAUUGUCUUUGAAACUACCAAAGCUGGCCCCGCUCCGGGAAAGGGGGUCAGUGAGGGGGCUCGGGAGGCCACCACGGGUGUGUGUCGGGAGCCCGCUCUGGGCUCCCGGCCCGAGGUGGCCGUCAAGCCUGCCCUGCCUGCCCGAAAGCCUGGGACCCUUCCCCGCCCGGCCUCCCUGUCACAGGACAUCAAGCCAGCUGCCCCCCAAGACGAGACAGGCCCAAGUGAGACUCUGUGGAAGGCCAGGAGUGUGGAGGACACGGGGGACCCCGCCCUGGAGCCCAAGCCUCGCCUGAGGAGAAGGCCCGUGUCGGCCAUUUUCAUCGACUCCAUUCAGCCUCAGAAGCCCGGCCCCGGCGGGGCGGCUGCGAUGGGGAAGGCGCCCCCUACCCCGCCUGAGAAGACAUGGGUGAGGAAGCCCAGGCCUCUGUCCAUGGACCUCACGUCCCGGUUUGAGAGCAAAGAGGCCCUGCUGAAGAAGGUGGCCGACGAGGCCGCCACAGGUUCCACUGUCCAGUGUCGGGGGCUGGAGGGGGCCGACCCGGAGCCCAAAGUGGACAUGGAGUGUUUGGUCAGAGCAAACCUUCGCCUUCGUGACCCAGACUCAGACUUCCUGGAGGUAGCCAGGAAGACCCGAGAACAGAAGGAGAAGGUGCUUUUCAAGCAGGCGGAGACGGGCAGCCUCAGAACUGCGGGGGGCUCAGCCAGGGACACCCCCACGGAUGACCAGCAUCCCGGGGAAGAGAAAGCCAAACUGCUCAGGGAGCCGGAGAAGGUGCCCCUGUCCCCCUCACCCAGACCGGGAAAAGACCAAGAAUUUGCCGAGGUCAAGAGCAGAGCAGCUGACGGGGAAAGCCGGCUGGAGGGAGGACGGGCCCCCCGGGACAGCGUCAAGAAGCGCCUCAGCCUAUUUGGGGAGGAGAGCAUCGUGGCCUUGGCAGCAGAAUCUGGACCUCCACCGGCCACCCCUGAGCCCCCGUCGGCUGCCCCAGAGCCUGAGAAAGUGGGUGUGAGCGUCCAGGAGCGGAUCAAAGGCUGGGCUGCCGAGAGCUCCGAGGCAAAGCUGGAGAUCAGGAGGAAGACUUUCCAGGCACGGCCGUUGUCGGCGGAUCUGACCAAACUGUUUUCGAGUCCAGCGUCAAGCAAUGAAGUCAAGUAUGAGAAGUGUCCUGAGCUAAGUGGCGAGCUUCCUAAGGAACCUGGAGAAAAGCAAAAGGAAGGGCAUGGUGUGGAUGGAGCAUCCCUCCCAAGAAGCCCCUGGAAGCCUGGUUCGCUCCGGGAGAAGUCUAGGCAGACAGAGUGGAAAGACAGUUCUAACCAAGUCCCCAGCAACUGUCGGGGUAAAAGCUCGGUGGGGGCUCUGAGCCCUUCUGACAGCACUCCAGAAGAUGAUGGAAGCUUCCAGACUGUGUGGGCCACAGUGUUUGAGCAUCACGUGGAGAGACACACCGUGGCUGACCAGUCGCGACACUGUCCCUCGGCCACGCCACACAGAGAUGUGGCAGAUGCCCAUGUCUCAGAAGUCAGACCCAGGCACGAGAGAAGCUCUUGGCUGGGGAAGGACCUGCUGGAAAAGACAAACCUCACGAAACAGAACUCCAGAUGGGUUGAAAAUCCCAAUACAGAGAAAUGGGGACGGACCACCCUUUCGAAUGGUGAACCCAAACAGUAUCACGUGCCCCUCCCGGAAGAACACCCUUUGGAUGAAAAACGCCAUAAAAACCCCUUCCUCCAACGCUCUGAAAAUCCUCCCCCAUCCCAGAGGGUCGAGCCCAAGUAUGACAUCCUGCACACGGUGGGCAAGCGUGUGCACAGUGAGGCCGUCUCCACGGCGUUGGAGGAAAAAGCCAUGACCCUGCGAAGUGGCAGGUCUCAGCUCUCACCGAAGGAGAGACAGCAGUCCCACGAGGUCACCCCUGCUGACCCAGAGUGCAGGCUGGGAGGUCAGGCGGGGUCUGUCCAAAGGGCCAGUUUGAUUUGGGAAGCUCGAGGGACUCAUGAAGUCAGUGGGCCAAAGCCGGACUUCCGAGAGCCGAAGGACACGUUUGGGGGCAAUUGCCUGUCACCCAAAUGGACAGGUGGGGUGACCGUGAACUGGCAUAAAGCCACUGUGGUGGCCAGUGAAGAGAAAGGCUCGGAACCGGGCCCCGAGAUCAACAGCGAGCGCUCAGCCAGGCCCUGUGGUCCCCAAGCCAGCUCUGGGAGGGCCACCCAGGCUGCCGUCUGGGAGGCCCUGCAGGAGGGGCCUGAUGAGGCCAGGAACAAGCCAGGAGGCUGCAGCUCAGCGGGAGAAAGGGGUCCCCCCUGGGGGUGCCCUCUGGAUCUUCCUCCCAGGGGUAAGGGCGAGCCGUCUGACUUCUGGGCAAGGUCGCAUCCAGAAGAGUGGGUGCAGAAGGGACCCCUCGCUGUAGCUGCUGGUGAGGGUGAGCCACAGCCGGCCCAGGCACCGGAGCCCGAGGCCAAGAUGCAGAAGGCGGGUCCCCUGGACCAGAGGUUCGAGAGGUGGCGGCGGCGGACGUUGCCCCACGACGUGAAGUUUGACGAAUUCAGCUUCCUGGCCCCAGAAAACUCUUGGAAGGUGGAGCAGAGACGAACAGACCAUUGGAGCCCCACCCCCAGUGCCUUAAGAAAACCUGAGCUAUCCCACCAUAGGGUGGAGACCCAGGAGGUGAGCCCAGGUGCUUCCCAGGACCCGACUAGGCCAGCGGUGAAGCAGGGGUCCUCUUUGGAACCCAGGGCGACAUUUUUUGCAGUGACGUAUCAGAUUCCCGAUACUCAAAAAGCAAAGAGUAUUGUUAGGCCAGGGCCUGAAAACUUGACGGAAUAUUCUAGAAAAACAGUCCCACCUCCUUCUCAUCCUCUGACAUCCACAUUGGUUUCUCUUAACCAUGAAGAGCCACUGGAGGCCAAGGGCAGUAACAACUGGGCUAACGGCAAAGAGCGCCAUAGCGCAAGCUGUUCAAAACCUCCGAAGCCAGCAGACCACCCAUCACCUCUUGGGUACAGGACUCUGGAUCCUUCUAGUGAAAGAAGCAUGGAUGCUGAUGCUUUAUGGAUCCGCCGGGGACCAGAAGAUGGCAUCGGUUUUCAGAGCAAUCGGAAGGAUAGUGGGAACAGGACACCGCCCAGCAAUGCUCCCAAAAGCCACCUGGAAGCCAGCGAUCUCCUCAUCAGAAGGGACCCUGAAGUGGUCAGUGCGAGGGUCCCAGGGAAAAUCAAAGAUGGCUACAGAUCCAGCGUUCUCGACAUUGACGCCCUGAUGGCGGACUACAAGAAGCAGGAGGGCCAGGAGUCAGUGGUGGGUACGCCCACAGCAUCCAGCGGCUCGACUCUGGAGAGGCCUGGCCGGCAAGGCAGGGUGGACCCAAGAAGGAGGAGCUCGAAGGAGAGGUCUGAAGCUGAGGGUCUCCGGAAACAAGCCAGUUUUGCCGAAGCAAACCACGGUUCCAGUCCUGGCUCCGGCCAGCAGCCAGCAGAGGCCCCGGGGGCAGCCGCGAACCCCACACUCAGCCCUCGUCUGUGGGCUUUGCCACUCUCAGCUCCUAAUGAAAAGUAUCCAGGGGCCUCUUCUGGCCCCGCGGGUCCCCGGGGACAAGUUUUGGGAACCCCUGAGGGUGACAGAAAGGAUUUGGUUAGUAAACCUCAGAGUGCAAAGUAUCCGAACUCCCCAGACGAGUCAAAGCCCACUCCCUGGGAGGAUCUGGGCAGUGGGGCCAGCGUGUUGGCCAGAUCCUCUCCCACUGACCAGAGGAAAGGGACCCCAAGGAAAUCCAUUGGGAGAGGAGAGGAGGACAGUGUGGUCCAGCGGGGCGAUCACUCAUACGACUGUGGCAGGUCACCGCUGAGUGUCAAGAGGGCCUAUUCGGAGAAGGGGCCCCCUGCCAAAGUCCGAGAGGGCCUGUCUGUCAUGCAGGAAGCCAGAGAGAGGAGGCAAGAGCAACCCAGAGGGAGGUCCAGCCUCCCCGGAGACAGUUCUGAGGCCAAGGAGACCAAAAUGGGGCCCUGCCGGCGAGAGUCGGGGACUCGAGACGGUCAAAAGGACCUGGGGAAGGAGGAUGCCCUGCCGGACAAGGAGCAGCCACCCUGGCAGGGGUCCCCCGUAGCCUCGGGCCCCUGGAGGAGCCACAGUUUCUGCAAGGACAAGAGGAGCGGGCCAUUCGUGGACCAGCUGAAGCAGUGUUUCUCCAGGCGGCCCCCCGAGGCCAAGGACACCGACACCCUUGUGCAGGAAGCCGACAGCCAGUAUGGGACAUGGACAGACCAGCGCCAGAGCGGGGAGAGUCUGGCCCCCGAGUCCCCGUCCCCGGACAGCAGUGCCGUGUCGGCCCGGAAGCAGCUCCCCAGCAGCCGCUUGUCCUCCCUGUCCUCCCAAACGGAGGCCACCUCGGCCGGGGACCAGCACAGCUGCUCCAGAGACCAGCGGAGCACCAGCGUGGACCAAUCCAGUACCGAUUUGGAAUCCACGGAUGGGAUGGAGGGGCUGCCUCCGCCAGACCCCUGCCCCGUGAAGAGGGUGGACGACUUCUCCUUCAUUGAUCAAACCUCAGUCCUCGACUCAAGUGCCCUCAAGACCCGGGUGCAGCUCAGCAAGAGAAGCCGCCGCCGGGCUCCCAUCUCCCACUCCCUCCGGCGCAGCCGAGUCAGUGAGUCGGAGAGCAGGUCUCCUUUGGAGGAGGAGGCUGACAACGUGUGGAUGUUCAAGGACUCAACAGAAGAGAAAUCUCCCAGGAGGGAAGAGUCCGAUGAGGAGGAGGAGAAGCCCUCCAGGGCUGAGAGGACCCCCACCAGCCAUCCGCAGAGGAUGCCUGUGUUUCCAGGCAUGGACCCGGCAGUGCUAAAGGCUCAGCUGCACAAGAGGCCAGAGGCCGACAGUCCCAGUGAGGCCCCAGGCUGGGCCCCCCAGCCCAAGACCCCCAAGUCCCCCUUCCAGCUGGGCAGUCGCGUGCUGCCCUCCAGCAUGGAGAAGGACGACAGGUCAGAAGAGCCCUCUCCCCAGUGGUUAAAGGAGCUAAAAUCCAAGAAGAGGCAAAGCCUGUAUGAGAACCAAGCUUGAGCAGACAAGGGUCACUGCCACAUCUAACGAACAGAAGCCUUAACUGUCAGAACCCGAAGAUGAGGCCACACUGAUGCCAUUCCUUCCUGCACAAGGCUCCCUCCCUGGGCCCUUCCAGUGGGGUGGAGAACACGGCCCCGUGCCUCCUGCCUCUCCACAGGCUCCCCUCCCCCGCCGCCGAUCGGGGCGCGAAGACCCGCCCUCCUCAAGCCCUUGCAUGUCUCCGCAGACAACACUUGAGGCUGAGGACGAAGCCAGGCUGCCCAGAAUUGUCCAUGCUGGUGGUUUUGUGUUUUAUGUGAACACUGUGCAUUUCUACCCACCGUAGACAUCACUCCGGGACCGUCAGUCUGAGGCUGGACCAUCUCCCCGGGUUCUGGAAAACACCUGUAUUAUGAGGGCACCUCUCCCCUCGCCACCCCCACCAACCCCCACCAGGGCAGGUCCUUUCAAAAGCCUGUUUCCAAGGAAGAAGACUCCGUUUCCUGCUGUGACUGUGGCCCAAGGCAGGGUCAUGGGGUUGGGUUGUGAUUGCUUUAUGGGCCAGUUCCGCCUCCUUCCCUCUCCCAAGAAUCAGCAGCUCCAAUUUUUUAAACAUACCCACCCUCUCGUUUCAAGUGUAUUUAUCGUCACAAUGGGGCCGUGCGCAUAGAUGACCUGCUCAUUAUACAUCACUUCGGUUUGCUUUAGAAGGCGUUAAAGCAAUAAUUCAGCCAGCUUUCUUUGAAAUUUGAUAUGUAUACGUUUUUUACGUUCAAGAGCAGAAGGAAAGAUGUGUGAAUAAUUGGCUUGAAGUAUCCGAUCGUCUCAGGUUAUCUUACCCCAUCCAUGUUUUUAAAAGAAAAUUCCAGUUGUCACCUUUGUAUAUAUAUUUUCCUGGUUUCUUCUCAUUUGAGCUCUGAUUUCUGUGGAGUGACCAUUGUCCCUUGGCCUCAAGGGUUCAUCAAAGGCAACCCGAUGGCAGUGCCUUUCGCACCCAAACAUCAGACCCGCCCUGAGAAUCUUCUUCUCCAGUCUUUUUUGAACAGCGCCCAAGAUGGAGGAAGCAUCAUUACAAAUUGGAACAAAUGCAUGAAUGGGAGGGAGGGGGUUCUUCUGUUCCCUCUCACCUCUUCCUUCUACCACUCCCCCGCCGCACCCCCUGCCAACUCUACCUGACCAAGUGCUUCCUUUAGGUCCAAAUGCAGGAAGGGAGGGGUCUUGCUGAAAUCCUUCUCUGGACAGACAUGCUGGAUGCCAGGUAACAACGUAUGGGUUUUGCUUUGCUUCCUUUUUUUUUUUUUUCUUGCUAGCUCUAAGCUCAUUCCCAGGAAUCUCUAAGACCUCUGGGGGUCGUAGGCACUCUCUGUAUGGUCUUUCUUUUUGGAAAUCCUCAACACCAGCCUCCUCCACGUCUGAAACCCAAGGCUCCAGCAAAUAUCCUGGAUGUGCUUGACUGGCCACCUGCCAUGCCUGGAGUUGCCAUAAACUGUGUGCCAACCUUGCCUGGGAGAUGCCCGUUGGUGAGAAAGACGCUUGGGGCAGUUCAUAGGGUCCCCUGUGACUGCUGAGGGACCCCAGGGCUGAGUUUUCUAAGGCUAGAUAGGGAAGAGAUGGGCCACAUGCACGCCCACCCACUGACUUCCCAAGACAUGAAAAUCUUUCUUGAUAAAUCCACUAUUUGCAAAUGAUGUCAAAACAUACCUUCCUUCUCCCUGGCCACAUCUCCAGGAGUCUCCAUUUGUCUCCCCCAUCUCUUCUUCCUUUCACCCUUUGCCAUCUCUUCCUUCUCUUGGGGGUGGGGGUGAGGGGUGGAGAGGAAUCCUGUUUCUCCAGGUUCAGCACCAUGGACAGGGACUGAAGCCCCGCCCCCUCCCCCAGUCUGACCUUUGGCUACCGUUGUCGACCCCGUCACCCACCCAGCCUUUUGCAUCUGGAAGCCUCAUGCAUCUGUGUCUGGAGCUUUGGCCCUGCUUGAUAACAGUUGUGUUCUUUUCAUUCCCAGAGGUAGUGGUCAGUCUGUUAUCUGUGGCCCUUGGGUGGAAAUUUGAUUCCUCCAGGAACUGCUGCUUUGGGUGAUUUUUCUUUCCUUUCCUUCGUUCUUUGUUUUAGAUCCAGUUAAUGUUCUGUUUUGUUCUGUUUUGAAGAAGGCUUCACGCCCAGCGUGGAGCCCAACGCAGGGCUUGAACUCAUGAUCCUGAGAUCAAGACCUGAGCUAAGAUCAAGAGUCAGACGCUUAACCAACUGAGCCAUCCAGGCGCCCCGAGAUCCGGUUAAUGUUUUAAAACAAUUUUGAUGCGGUGGCUCUCCAGGGCCAUAGGUCCCCUUGGAAGACACUCCUCAUGUUCUGACCAACUCUUCCUGGCUGCUCUCUGUCUUUCCUUCAGGUGGGAAGGGCCCCUUGGUACCAUCUUGGACAGUAGGAAUAGACCUGCUCUAUUCAGUGAGACUAUAGAUACCAUGCAAAACCCUCCAAUUCUUAAUUAGUUAUGUUUCAGCCCAAGUAUACCCAACAGGGAAGAAAAACACUUGAACAUGAGAUGAACCUGGAGAUCUUUUGCCCAGCCUCCCACACCUUGAUUGGAAACAAAAAUCCAUUUAAUUCCUCGCUGAUUAGGACAUACAAAGUCCACCCACCCCCCUUGAAACUGACGAGAGCAGCCUCACCUCUCCACUGCAGAGUGGACCCUCACAGUGGGUCAGGAACCACCCUCUCCAUGCAGUCUCCCCUUGACCUCUGGAUCCCACUACGCUCAGUGCAACCAAGUUAGAAGUGGCUGAUGCCUGGAACUUUUGCAGAUAGCUGGGCAAGCGUGUCGUUGGUUUUCCCCUCUUUCUAAGCCAAGCGGUUUGUAUGCUGGUUUUCUGGCCCUAAGCGAGCGGUUUCUAUGCUAGUUUCUUGAGUUUGCCUGGAGCUGCCUUUGGAAAUCUGUCUCUUUUUAAACUAACUUAAUAUGCCUUAAUCGUUUGUAUGCAAUCAAGUCACCUGCCCUCAUCUAAUCACCUUCCUGGGGGCCUUUGGCUCUCCUUAAAUGAGAGUCUUGCACAGAAAGCACAUCUCUGUACGUACAAUCUGUCUACAGACACACAAACACACACACCCUUUGCACAUCAGCAUUUUGACGGCCGGUGUUUUGAUAAGUCUGUAUCUAGAUCCCCUUCUUCGUGGCCCUUGCCUGAUGAAACAGAGGCCUUUGGCCUAUGAAAUCCCGUGGCGAGGCCUCAAGAAUCAGUUUUAUGGAGGAUUCCUUGGUGCCACCAGAGAAAUUCUGGUGAGGCUGAAGCCUCGCGUUGUUUCCUGGGGCGUUUGGGGUGACACAGACCUGACGGCCUCAGGUUAUCCGGGAUUCGGGAAAAGGACAAUCAGAUGGGAGCUCUUCCAGGGGGACAAGCCAAGUCCUAUGCUCUCAGACAAAUGUGUUUGCCUUUGUGCGUCCAAGGAAGUGAGGCCAACUCUAGGUAUUGCUAAGGAGCGAGCAUCGAAAUAGACGCAGGCCUGAGGUCCCAGAGCUUAGAGGCUGUGCAAGGGAGUGGAGGAAACCCAUGGCGUGCCCGCCCCCCCCCCCCCCAGAGGGGAGCUCAGCUGCUCGCACUCAGACCUGGUGGCCGCUUUGUCCACUUAACGCUUAUGCAUUUUCUCAUCACAAUGCCCCCAGAUUGCCCCAGGAGCUAGGCAUAAUCAUACAGCUGAAAAUCCAUAGGCGUGUGGUCAGAUCACCUCCAAAGCUAAAUGCUUUUUUAAAGACGACUUGGGCUGGCGUGGAAGACGGUGUUCCACGGAGAACGCUGUCGAGCCUGCCUCUCACUCUCCAGUUCUGUGUUUACCCCUCAAUCCCUGUGGUACCCCCUCACCCCCCAGUCCCGUCCCUUCGUACAGGAAACCAGAUUACUUAGCCUGUGUGUAAACUAGCAUUUCAGGGUGAGCCCGAGGGAUGUAGAGGCAGGAGAAAAGGUCUAUCCAAGGGGAGACAGCCUCGCCCCUAAUUUACACUGUGACAAGUCACUAGAGUAAAUGGGGAAGCCUCCUACAGCCUCAGUUGUGCCUUUCUUCCUCCACCACGCGUUCAGACGUGGAAGCAAAACUCCCAUGGCAUUGUGAUUCCACGGGGGAAGAGGGACAAUAUUGACGUGGAGGGAACCACUUGAAGCAGGCGGAACCCACUCCACAUCUGGAAGGGGGUCCACCUUGGGCUACAGCCACCUAGGGAGCCGUGGAUCUGGGCUCUGCCGAGAGGCUGCUACAAGUCAACCCUGUUGGGGUUUUGGGCAAGCUGAGGUUCUGGAAAUGCAGAGCCACGUGGAAAGCCAGUGGGCGCAAGUGUGCUGGGUCUUCGCCAGGCUCUCCCCUUUGGUUACCCCCCCACCCCUCUAGAAUUUGCUUUCUUUUGUUGGGAUUGGUUCCUGCAGGGAGGGGUGCAGAAAUCUGUGUUCUGGAAAAUCAGCCUGAGGUUCCUGGCAAAUUAACCCUUAAAAUCAAUCAGCUUCUGCCCCUCCCUUAAAUCUCCUUAAAUAGUCACCCUCUAACCUGGUACCUGAACAUCUCCCUCCAUGAUUCAGACUGGCCCUUUUUUUUGACAAUCUCCAGUGGUAUCAUGUCAGCAAAAAAAAAAACCAACAACAAAAAACCAAAAACCAAACAAACAAACAAAAAUCAUGCUGUUGUCUAAAGAACAAUUUGAGCUUUUUUACUGGUCUCAUUCCAAAUAGCCUUAUAGAUCCUGUAAAUAGGGGGCUCGCAAAAGUAAUAUAUUGUGUUAUGGAAGAUAUUUUGUACUGUGUUGUUUCCUAAAUCAUACCAAUAUGCUAGAAGUGAUGCACUUCCCAGAUGAUUCUGAUCCUCAAAACACUUUGUAAGAAGGGGCGGAGAGCGGAAAUACAUACAAAUACACUAUAUAUUUUCUAACGUUUCUUCUGAGUCCCUUCCUGAGAUAAAAUUUAAGUCACGUUAGAAAAGAAAUUCGAGUCCCGUGUGUACGAAAGUUACACCUGCUGCCUGCUGGCGUUCCUGCAAUUGCCUUAUGAAUUCACAAGCUCUAAGGGGUGCUGAACAGAAGGUGGACAACAGGCACUUUAUCCAAUCCCAGAAAGAAUCUAAUCGCAUGACUGAGCAUUCAUCUAGAAAAACCUAUAUUUUUAACCUUAAAACAAAUGGGGCUUCCCGGACCUCACAGAGUAUUGGGUAUCUACAAGUGCUUUUAUAUUUUGUAACUGUAAAGAGGUUUCAUACGCACAGAAGAACAGUUGGGAAUCUGGUCAACUGCCAUUAGACAGGAUGACCUUUGCAUGUACAAAGAUGUUGCAUUCAGCCCAUGAAAAUAGCAAAUAAAGCUUCAAUGCAAGUUGCACUGAAGAA